UGAGGCGUCUCAUGCUAUACAAGCUGUUGGGUCUACAAAAACGGACCACACAGCAUUCUUUCCCUUAAGGAGCUUGUGGGCCAGACCUCUAAAACAGAUGACAUCAAUAGGGAGUGAUAGGUACUGCAGCAUCCAGAGGGGCCCAUGGCUCAGCCUAGGGGAGAGGAGGAGCCCAGCUCAAAAGUGUCCUGCAGAAGAUAGCCCCUGAGCUUGGUCUUGAAGGAGCCUCUGUGGGAAAGCAAAGAGGGCGAGGGGCGGAGGGAUUUUGGAGAGAAGCCGGGCUGGAGAGGUGUGGUAGAGGCGUGGCAACAGCGUGGUGGGUGUGGGAAACUGUGAGCUGUCAUUGUGGCUGCAGGGAUAUUUGAAAGGCAGAUUUUGAUGGUGAUGUAUACCACUGGAGAGGCAGCGAGGGGCUUGUACCAUCCCGGACAAGUUCAGACUCCUCUGGGCGUGUGACCUGCUUCUGGUGCCUCCGAAUGCUGUUUGGAUUUAUUUGGUGUCCCUUGGUACAUAGCAGGAGUAUAACUAAGUUCCUAGCCCUUCGCUCCUUUCCAGUACUCUGCUGGCUAGUACCAUUUUACAUUCCUACCAGCAAUGUAUGUGAAUGUCUCCACCUUCACCAACAUUUGGGGCUCUUGCUGUGUUUUAUUUUAGCCAUCCUGAUAAGGAAUUUCCUCACAUGGCUCCUGAAGAAGUGACCAUCACAGUUCGCCUCAUCCGUUCCUUUGAGCAUCGCAAUUUCAGACCUAUAGUGUAUCAUGGAGUGAAUUUGGACCAAACUGUAAAGGAAUUUAUCGUAUUUCUAAAGCAAGAUGUCCCUUUAAGGACCAGCCUGCCACCACCAUUCAGAAAUUAUAAAUAUGAUACACUAAAGAUUAUUCAUCAAGCACAUAAAUCUAAGACAAAUGAACUUGUGUUGAGUUUGGAAGACGACGACAGACUCCUGCUGAAAGAAGACAGCACUCUGAAAGCAGCUGGAAUCGCCAGGCAUCUCAAGUGGCUAAAGAAUAAAUGCAUGAAAAUUAAGAGCCAGCUCUGCCUGCGAAAGAGAACAGGAGCAAGCUGGCUGUUGGCUGUCACCUGGAGUCACCUGCUGGGAAGUGCCGAAUCACCUCAGACCAAGGACAGGAAGGAGGCUCGGGUCUCGCUCUGUCACCCCAGGCUGGAGUACAGUGGCAGGACUGCAGUUCACUGCAGCCUCGACCACCCUGGCUCAAGUGAUCCUCGCAUCUCAGCCUAAGAGAAACUCUUGGAACAGAAAACCAAAUACCACAUAUUCUCAGUUAUAAGUGGGAGCUAAACGAUGAGAACACAUGGACACAAAGAGGGGAACAACGGACACCGAGGC